GCAUGCUCGCUGGGGGCGCCCCGUUGCGCGUCUCGCACGCAUGCGCGGCGGCCCCGGAAGCGGCGGGCGGCAGGGUGACACGUCGCAGCGCCGCGGCGGGGGGGCCGGGCCGCGGUGGGUGCGGGCGGGGACGAGGCAGGGUGCGGGAGAUGUCCGGCUUUGACAGCUUCACCACGGACUUCUUCCAGACCGGCUACAGCAUCGACGAGCAGGCCCAGCACUACGAGUACGGCGGCGGCGGCCGGCCCUACGGCAGGCAGUAUGGAGGCUAUGAGUACUCCCAGCAAAGUGGAUUCGUCCCUCCAGAGAUGAUGCAGCAGCAGCCGUACACAGGGCAGAUUUACCAGCCGACACAGACGUAUACUCCAACUUCAGCGCAGUCUUUUUAUGGAAGUAACUUUGAGGAUGAGCCUCCUCUAUUAGAAGAAUUGGGGAUCAAUUUCGACCACAUCUGGCAGAAGACACUAACAGUGCUGCACCCAUUAAAAGUAGCAGAUGGCAGCAUCAUGAAUGAGACGGAUUUGGCUGGACCAAUGGUCUUCUGCUUAGCUUUUGGAGCCACGUUAUUACUGGCUGGUAAAAUUCAGUUUGGUUACGUGUAUGGAAUAAGUGCAAUCGGAUGCUUAGGGAUGUUUUGUCUCCUGAACUUAAUGAGCAUGACAGGCGUCUCAUUCGGCUGCGUUGCCAGCGUCCUUGGAUACUGUCUUCUUCCUAUGAUCCUACUUUCCACUUUCGCAAUUGUAUUUUCAUUGCAGGGAGUGAUGGGAAUUAUUCUCACGGCUGGAAUCAUUGGCUGGUGUAGCUUUUCUGCUUCCAAAAUCUUCAUUUCUGCCUUAGCAAUGGAAGGACAGCAACUUCUAGUAGCGUACCCCUGUGCUUUAUUGUAUGGAGUCUUUGCUCUCAUUUCUGUGUUUUGAAGAGACUGUCCAAAUUGUUGGACUCCAGUGGGCCAAAAUGAAGACAUCAACUUGGAAUAUUUAGUUGGACCAGACACGGCUGCAAACACCUGUAUAGUGUUGCUAUCACAAAAGUUAGACCAGUUUUAAAUCAUCUGGAACAAAUGUCUUGUGUUCACUUUUUUAGGACUUUGAAUACUGUUCGCAAUUGACCUGAGGUGUCUAUAGCUUUAAUAAGUGUUCAUGCUUAUCAAGUUAAUGUAAUUUCUUUCCCAUUCCUGUAUCUUUAGAAAAGUAACUUCUAGUUGUUUGUUUGAGCUGGUGGGGGGUAAGGGGGAGGGUUCUUUUUGUUGUUUUUUUUUUCAGGGGAGGGAGGGAGGAGGGAUGCAGUUACAGAUUGAAAGAUUGUUAUCACUAGAAGUUAACAAAACCACAGAUGAUGUGGAUUUGGAAAUUCUCUUUGAACAAAUCUGCAGUAAUAACCCAUUUCCUCUCCCCUCUUGCCAAAAGGAAAAUGCACAGAAGAACGCAAACAAUUAGUUCUAUAUUUUAACACACUCUUAAGGCGUUUGGUCUCAUUUACUUGUUCAUUUGAUGUGAUAGUAUUUCACGAUUUAAGAUACUGAAGUUAUGAAUUAGGCAACAGAUGCUUUAAAAAUUAAGAGGAUCCGUAAUUCUGUCACAUUUGAAAUCUGAAUACAUUUGGAUGUCUAAGUAGCUACAUGUUAACUUGAAUUUCUGAAGAUUACUUCAACUAGAGGAUUUUCCCCUAAUGGUGCACAUAUUAGUAGACAAAGAGUAAUCUCUUUUGCAGUACUUCCAAGAAAAACACCAUUUUGAAAAUGUUAUGCUUGUCAGUAUUGUAGUUACUGUAAAAGUAAGGUAUAUUGAUUAAAUUUUCCUUAAAUUUUGA